ACAAUCUUCUUGUUCUAUGAUUAUAUUUUAAUAUUCAUCUAUGAUCUAGAUCCUAGUUCACCGUGUUAUCUGUUAGGUUAUAAACUUUAAAGUGUUAGAUUUAAAAGUUUGUAUUUAGUUGCUUCUAACUUAAAAUUCUAUACAAAAAAAAUGAGUUUUGGGAAAUAUCAAACUGAAAUAAUAUGUUGUGCCAUCCCACUAAUUUUUGUUCUUAUCGGUUUGAUCCUGAAGUUUUUAAAUAAGCGUUCCAAAAAGUCUUUACUUGGAAGGCACGUAGUGAUUACGGGCGGUUCCAGUGGAAUUGGAAAGGCCCUUGCAAUCUUGGCUGCCAAAAAAGGCGCACAUGUAACAAUAGUGGCAAGAAAUGUUGAUAAAUUACGUGUAGCAAUGCAAGAAAUUGAAGAUCAUGCAAAUGAAGCUCAGAAAAUUAAUAGCGCUUCAAUUGAUGUUAGUGAUAAAGAGGCUAUUGAGAAAAACUUCGCGGAACUGGAAAGCACUGUGGGACCUAUUUAUAUGUUGGUCAAUUGUGCAGGUCUGGCAAUAUGUGGCCGAUUAGAAGACAUGAAGCAAAAUGACGUGAAACAUUUAAUUGAUGUUAACUUAUUGGGUACCAUUUACCCCAUUCAAGCAGUUCUCCCGAAAUUUAAAGAGAGGAAGGAAGGAAUUAUUGUACUGACUGCCUCAGCUGUGGCUUUAAUGGGAAUGUUUGGAUAUUCGAUUUAUUCAUCGUGUAAAUUCGCUCUCAGGGGCCUAGCAGAGUCACUUUACAUGGAAGUGAAACCUUAUAACAUUAGUGUUACCCUUGCCCUACCGCCCGACACUGAUACUCCGGGAUUUGAAAAUGAAAACAAGACAAAACCGAAGGAAACCAAAAUCAUGUCAGAGUCUGGAGGACUAUAUUCGGCAGAAACUGUAGCUACCCAACUUAUGAACGAUGCUUUAAAGCAACACUUCUUCAGCUCCGUAGGGUUUGAGAGCUUUGUUUUAACUACACUUUGUAUCGGCAUGAGUCCUUUUCACUCAUUGGUGGAUGUGAUAGUUCAAAGUAUGGUGAUCGGCCCAUUCCGUCUAUUCGCGGCAUUUUUUGUGAAAUAUUUUGAAAGCAUUGCUAUUAAAUGUUACAAUGAAGAGAAAGACAAACAACAGUAAAGUAUCCAGUGGUUAUUUACAUGCAGCAACAGUACUUAUUUAAUUGCAGAUUAACACCUGUUUUGGAAUUUAUUAGUGGUUAAAUAUUCAAUCUUCCAUAUUUUUUGUGGAAUAUUGUGAUCAAUAAUAAGUGAAAUUUUUAGUGUGAUUUAUGCAUCCAUUGUAAAAUAGGGUCUGAAUAAACUAAAAUUAAAUUUA